AUGGCUCCCGCUCCCAUUGACCCUCGAAUCGUUGACGUCGCAGAGCCCAAGAAGGACACGCUUGCUCUUCCAGCAUCCGCUCGCCAGCGGUUGGAGAAGGCAGGAAUUGAUCUCUCUGCCGGUUACCCGUACAGACCUUCUCGGCCUCUGUACCUGGAUGACGUUUACAAGAUCCGCGACCAGGACCGUCCACAUGUAGACCCUGGAAGUCGAGCGGACCCGGAGAAGAAGGCCCUUCUGUCUGCCGCAAAAGAAGUCAUCCACCUGACCAAGCACAUUGGAACGGAGAUCGUGGGUCUGCAGCUCAAAGACCUAACUGACCAGCAGAAGGACGAGCUGGCGUUGCUCAUCGCCGAACGCAGCGUGGUCUUCUUUCGCGAUCAAGAUCUCUCGCCGCAGCAGCAGAAGGCGUUGGGAGAAUGGUAUGGGGAGAUUGAAGUACAUGUAGACACCCUUUCCCCCCCACCGCCUCUCUUCCUCUCAAUUAUUGACAUCUUCUGGCAGCCACAAGUGCCCCAAGUUCCUGGAGUCCCAGGCGUGACGGUGAUCUGGCCAGCGCUUCAAGCCACAGAGAUCACACCCAGUUUCCGUCGUCCUGGAGGCGCCUCACGCUGGCAUACCGACCUAGUUCACGAGAAGCAGCCAGCGGGUAUCACCCAUCUCCACAACGACACUGUCCCAUCCCUGGGCGGCGACACUCUCUGGGCCAGCGGAUACGCCGCAUACGAGAAACUAUCCCCGGCCUUCCGCAAGAUAAUCGACGGCAGGACAGCCAUCUACCGUUCUGCUCACCCCUACCUUGAUCGCAAGAACCCACAGUCCGGUCCGAAAUAUGUGGAGCGCGAGCAUCCUUUGGUUCGCGUGCAUCCCGCUACUGGGUGGAAGUCGCUGUUCGUAAACCGGGCCAUGACGGAUAGGAUUGUAGGCUUCGACAAGGCAGAGAGUGAUCUUAUCCUGGGAUACCUGUUUGACGUCUAUGAGAAGAAUGUCGAUAUUCAAGUUCGGUUCAAAUGGACCCCACGGACCAGUGCUCUGUGGGAUAACAGAAUUACCAUCCACAAUGCCAGCUGGGAUUAUGAAGGCUCUGAGCCGAGACAUGGAACCAGAGUUACGUCGUUGGCGGAGAAACCCUUCUUUGACCCGAAGGCGCCAACAAGGAGGGAGAAGCUGGGAUUGCUGAGUCCGGUUGAGAUCGAGGAAUUAGAGCAGCAAACAGAGCUUUUGACGAUCUAGGAAGAUCUGCUUCUGAGGUUUUCGUUAUUCACCUAGUCAGUGC